AUGGUGCUGGACCUGCUCAGCCUCAUGGGCGCCUACGCGGUGGGGGCGUUCCGGGACACGCUCACGGCCGUCUACUCCCUGGUGCUGUCGGCCGGCGUCGUCGGCUACCUCUUGGUCCUCGCCUCGAGGUCGCCGGCGGAGGAGGACAAGUACAAGAGAGGGAAGAGCGCGCCGGAGCGGCUCCGCAAGGUGCUCAUGCUGCUGGCCACGUUCGCAGCGAGCGUCACGUACGUCGCCGGCCUCAGCGCGCCGGGCGGCUUCUGGGACCACCCCGAGGACGGCCACCGCCCGGGCGACGCCAUCCUCGAGGGAGGGCCCCACGACGCGCGCCUCAAGGCGUUCUUCGUCUGCAACACCACGGCGUUCGUCGCGUCCCUGCUCAUCCUCGUCAUGCUCCUGGAGAAGAAGCUCUGCUUCAGCCAGAAGGUGCGGUCCUAUGAGAUCUACGGCUUCAUCGCCGUCACGCUCAUCAGCCUCCUGGCGGCGUAUGCUGCCGGCAGCAGCCGGCAGAUUGACACGACCAUCUAUGUCAGCGCUCUGGUUGGUGUCGUUGCCGUGUGCAUUCUCAUCCAAGUGGUCUUUGUUUUGCUCUUUCAACGAGCAAAUUCGAGUCAGGGGCAACAAACUAAUGGCAAUGGCAGCAAUGAGCAGCAGCAACAAACUCAAGGUCUGCAAACUAGUAAUGGCAAUGCCAGCGAUGAGCAUGAGAAGCAACAGAAUCAAGCACUGGAGAAGGCUCGCUCUCUAGUCCUGCUGCUCGCCACUCUCGCAACGGCCAUCACCUACCAAGCAGGCCUGAACCCGACGGGUGGCCUCUGGCAGAGCGACGGCGGCAGCGGCAGCAUCUACAAGACCGAUGAUCCGAUCCUCUUGACCACGAAUCCCAGGCGGUACAAGGCGUUCUACUAG